CGUUUGAAUCCACUAACGAGCCCUCUUUUUGGUCAUCAGUAAGCUCUAUGGCUGGUCCAGACUCAAAUCUUUCUUGCCUUCUUUAUGGUCCUCAUGAUGUCAAAUUCGAGGACCGGGAGGUACCCAGCAUAAACGAUCCUCACGAUGUGAUUGUCAGAAUUGCCUAUGUUGGCGUAUGUGGUAGUGACGUAACUCAAGAAAACCCCUUGACCAUGGGUCAUGAAGCUUCGGGUACCGUCCACAGUAUUGGCGACUCGGUGACGACUCUUCAACCUGGCGACGACGUCUGUAUCGAACCUGGGGUACCCUGCUCUAGGUGUAAAUCAUGCAAGUCUGGUCGCUACAAUCUUUGCCCGGACAUGGCAUUCGCAGCAUCACCUGGACCUGGUCCUGCUACCCACGGAUGCUUAUGUCGGUACUACAAGCUUACCGAGAGCUUCUUGUAUAAGCUACCGUCGCAUGUCAGUCUCGAGGAGGGUGUACUGGUGGAGCCACUGGCUGUCGCUGUACAUAGCAACAAACUCGCGGGUAUCAAGCCCGGUCAUCGAGUUGUCGUAUUUGGGGCUGGCCCAGUGGGUAUUCUUUGCGCUGCUGUGGCUCGACAAUUCGGUGCUGUCGAAGUCAUCUCUGUGGACAUGAUUGCAGCACGACUGGAGUUUGCCAAGGAGUUUGCUGCGACCGAUACAUACGCACCGGAUACGAGCAUCGAUGGAGCCAGUAACGCUGCAGAGAUCGUCAAGCGCUUUCGAUUGGACCGCGGUGCUGAUGUGGUCAUUGAAGCCACGGGCGCUGAGCCCUGUGUUCAAAUGGGCAUCCAUGUAUUGGCGCCGGGAGGUACGUAUGUUCAGACUGGCUGUGGAAAGCCAAAUGUCAUGGUACCUAUGACAAAACUUGGUGAGAAGGAGGCGAUUGUCAAGGGUUGCUUCAGAUAUGGGUCCGGCGACUUCGAGAUGGCCGUCGGUUUCUUGAGGGACGGCAAGAUUGACGUCAAGCAAUUGAUUUCGAGGACAGUAUCAUUCAGAGAGGCUCCUGAUGCGUGGGAGAGCGUGGGCAGAGGCGAAGGAAUCAAGACACUCAUUUGUGGUGUGCAGGAGGACUUGAAGCGCUGAGAUCGACCAAGCGAUUGUCUUCGCGAAGGAGAAAUCUUGAUAACCACGGGUAGCGCCUAUCGUCAUAAAAAGUGCACUCAGCAGAGCUGCAGGACGCAGUCGCAUGCUCACUGACUUUUAGCCGUCACUUGUUC